GGGGGUGUCGCUGCGCAUGCUCUCUUCGAGCCCCGCCUGACCUUCCUUCCGCUGCUGCUCGCGGGGGUUUGCGGUGGGGGCGCCCGUCGUUAACCCCUCCGUGCCCGGCUGGGGGGCGGGGGGUUUCUCCAGUCGGGACCAGCCCGCUGGCUGCAGAAUAAUGUCCAUGUUUUGCUCCAGCUCUUCCCAUCCUCCCAUGGCACAGGGUAGAGAAAUGGCUGCAGAGGAGCCAGUUCAGGGGCUGGCAGCAUUUGAGGAGGUGGCUGUGUAUUUCACCAGGGAAGAGUGGAUUCUGCUGGACCCCACUCGGAGAGCUCUCUACAGAGACGUCAUGCAGGAGAACUGUGAGAAUGUGACCUCACUGGCAUCACCUCAAUAUGCCAGUGACCCACACACAGCCAGAGACCCUCCCCUCCUGCAGAACACUUUGGGAACAAAGCGCAGGAGCAGUAUCGCACAGUGUCAAAUAGCUCCUGUUUGCACAAGUGGAACUGGGAGUUGGGUCCAGCAUGAUGAACAGAAGCUUCCUACCCCUGGCCUUUUCUGAAACACUGAGCCUGCUCCACCCAGACCAGAAUGUGCUUGGGGGUGUAACAAGCAGGCUACUGGAGACAGAGCUGCUGCUCAGGGGUUACUUAUCACACAGACACUGAGUGUGUCCUUGAAUGCUGGCUGGGAGUAUCCAGACAAGGGAGCUCCAGCAGCAGACUAUUGAAACUCACCCAGGAUUACAGAGGACCCAACUCCUCACUGGUCUGGAUGGCACCACAGCGUGUCAAAAUGGCCUAGGUUGGUAGUGAAACUUCUUGAGAGAUUGAAAGUCUUGCUCCCCCUUCACCACGUGUAAAAGCCACAAUCUCUCUUCUCUGCAGGCUCCUUCGAUCCUCUUAUUGCCAAAGUCACAUGACACCGAUUCUUAUUUUUCACAUUCUGCUUUUCCAGACUAAUUAGAAUCUGUUGCUUCUGAAUUAUAGCUUAUAUCUUCCUUGUGUUCUGCACACCCAGGGAUUUUCCUACUCCCUCGCAUUACACUGGGCUCACUAGAUUCCCUAGUACAUAAAUCCAGCCACAGUGGGUCAGAUCAAAGUUCCAUCUAGCCCAGUAUCCUGUCUUCUGACAGUGACCAAUACCAGGUGCCCCAGAGAUAAUGAACAGAACAGGAAAUCAGCAAGUGAUCCAACUCCUGACGUCCAUUCCCAGGCUCUGGCAAUCAGGGACUAGGGACAUCAUCCAUGCACAUUCUGGCUAAUGGCCAUUCAUGGACCUAUCCUUCAUGAAUUUACCUUGUUCUUUUUUUGAACUCCGUUCUAGUCUUGGCCUUCACAGCAUCCUCUGGCAAAGAGUUCCACAGGUUGACUGUGCGUUGUGUGAAG